UUCACCGGUCGUCUCUCCACGUGUACCGGAGGUGAGAGAGGAAUGGAAUCCUUAAAACGUUCCAAAACAAGCCGAACCACCCCCACUUUUUUCAUAUCUGAUUUGAUGGCGACCAUCCCUCCCCAAUUCCCCUUCGAGAUCCGCUCUGCUCUACGUCGGGCGGCUUCCUCCACCGUCUACCUCCUCCGCCCAAUCGCCACCGUAACUCCUUCGUUACGUCAUAGCACGUCGAAACUUCUCCGACCGAGAGCCUUCUCUUCCUCGGUUAAGCUCCCAACGAAACCGCCUCUUUGCACCGCCGACGAGCUUCACUACGUCACCGUUCCAAACAGCGAUUGGCGCCUCGCUCUCUGGCGCUACUUCCCUUCCCCUCAGGCUCCAACGAGGAAUCAUCCGCUCUUGCUGUUAUCUGGAGUAGGAACCAAUGCCAUCGGAUAUGAUCUAUCUCCCGGUGUAUGUGUGCCUUCCUUUCUCAUGAUUACUCUUUGGUGCUCUUUUGCAAGACACAUGUCUGGAGAGGGAUACGAGACGUGGAUUCUCGAGGUUCGUGGAGCCGGGCUGAGCACAAGAGUAUCCGAUCUCAAAGAUGUUCAAGAUUCUGCUCACGAGUUGUCUCGUCAGAUAGAGUCUACUGCCAAAGCUGCAGCCAAAGAAGCUAAAGCUACUGAUGUUACAGACAGUGCACCGGAUGUUUCCGUUGUUGGUGAAGCCUCUGCUUCUGCUUGGGACGAGUCAAAGAUCGUGGCGAGGUUAACUGCAACGUUUAUGCGUUUGUCGGAGAGACUUUCUGGUUUUCUCAGCGAAGGUCAGUCAGUGUUCAUGUCUGCUAAGUUGUUUGAUAGAAUUGCUAUGCUUUUAGAAGAUUCUCGGCUGUACGAGCGCUUUCUUGAGAUAAGAUCAAAGCUUUUGAGUUUGAUCGAGUCAAGGCAAAACUCAGGGCUUGGUAACCAAAUCAGGGAGUUGACUCAGCGUCUUGUGAAUCUUCUUGACGAUGGUCAGAGGUCUGUCUCGCCUCAGCUGAUUGAUUUGCAAGAGCGGCUCACUUCGACCAUUGAGGAUUUUCAGAAGCAGCUUGAUUUGAUUGUUAAGUAUGACUGGGAUUUUGAUAACUACUUGGAAGAGGAUGUCCCUGCUGCGAUUGAGUAUGUAAGAGCGCAAUGCAAGCCAAAGGAUGGUAAGCUAUUAGCAAUUGGGCAUUCAAUGGGAGGUAUCUUACUCUAUGCAAUGCUGUCACGUUGUGCUUUUGAGGGACGAGAACCUUGUCUGGCAGCUGUGGCAACUUUGGCUUCAUCGCUAGAUUACACAACUUCAGAUUCUGCCCUCAAAUUGCUCAUACCUCUUGUUGAUCCUGCACAAGCUCUGAGUGUUCCAGUUGUUCCUUUGGGAGCUCUGUUGGCAGCAGCUUAUCCUCUUUCGUCGCGACCUCCAUACGUAUUAUCUUGGCUUAACGAUUUGAUAUCAGCAACAGAUAUGAUGCACCCCGAACAGUUAGAGAAGCUUGUCUUGAAUAACUUCUGUACCAUACCAGCAAAACUUCUUAUUCAGCUGACAACAGCCUUUCGAGCGGGAGGCUUACGCGACCGUAGUGGUAAAUUUUACUACAAGGAUCAUCUUUCCAGGACCAGUGUCCCUGUCUUAGCUCUUGCGGGUGAUCGGGACUUGAUCUGUCCUCCUGCAGCUGUAGAAGACACUGCUAAGCUGUUCCCUGAGAACCUGGUCACUUAUAAGGUACUUGGAGAACCAGACGGACCACAUUAUGCGCACUACGAUUUGGUUGGAGGACGACUGGCGGUGGAGCAAGUCUAUCCUUGCAUAACUGAAUUUCUUAGCCACCAUGAUUCUGCAUAAGUGAAACUUCUCUCUGAUCUUCUGUUCCUGGCGUUCAAUAUGCAUGUAGACGUUGCGCUAAGUUGGUGUCCAACCAGAAGCGCCUGUUAAUAAGGAUGACAUCUCCGAUUAAGACAUGUAUUUAGUAUUUCGGGCAAACUGUACAUUAGCUUGUGAGGCAUUUUUUCACAUUGUACAUUUUCUUUUAGACGGAUUAUCCAUGAGAGUUAUUAUUGUACAGACAUGGGAUUCAAGUGUAUAUUUUCUGUC